AAGAAAACCGCAGAACGAAUCCAUUCAUUUCCCUCCUCCGUUUUUCCCGGUCCCGUCCAGAUUUUCCAUAAAACAAAAGUACAAUAAUUGUUCAAAUCGCAAAAUGUCGGUCCAAACGUUACUUUUAGAUUUCUCUUUAGAUCCCGCCCGGUUGGGUGACGAGAACGGCCAAAAAACUGUUUUCAAUCAACUGGAAACGGUGCUGAAAGAUUAUAUUCCGAACCUUAUAUUAGCCGCCGAAAUUAAAGUUGAUGGCGGUUCGUUGAAGCUGUUGACUGGAAAAAAGGGGUCCACUGUGGCUGUAAGACUGUUCGACCGAGGCCUUGUUACGGUGAACAUCGAAUAUUAUAAGGAAGAUUCCGAAGAACCUUUAAUAAACUUCAAGUGUUCUAAACUACUGGAAAGUUCAAUCAAAAAAUUCAUGGAUUGCGAAAGAUUCAAAAUGUUGCCAUCCAUAAAACGCGGAUAUAAAUACGAUGUAUACUUAACUAGUUCAGACGAGCGACUUUUGGAGUACGACAUCGACGGCGUGCUAUUCGACGAGCAGUCCCCCUUCCAGCGCGUCCAGAUCGUGCACUCAAAGACGCUCGGCAAUAUGCUAGUGCUCGAUGACUUGCAGAAUAUUUCAGAGGCUGAUUUAGUAUAUACGGAGACUCUAAUGAAGAGAGGCAAGGAGAACUACGAGGGGAAGGAAAUCGUUAUUCUGGGCGGCGGUGACGGUGCCCUCCUCUAUGAAUUGCUCAAGGAGAAGCCAAAGUUCGUGUGGAUGCUGGAAAUCGACGAGACCGUGAUGAACGCUUGCAACAAACAUCUGCGAUCCAUCUGCGGGGAUGUCCUUGAACAGCGGAAAGGGCAUAACUAUGAGAUAAUCGUUGAAGAUUGCAUGCUGACCGUAAAUAAGUUCAUCAAAGAAGGCAAGAAGGUAGACUACAUAUUCGGCGACCUGACAGACAUUCCCAUUUCGGAAUCAGCCUGCGGCGAGCUAUGGGAAUUUAUGAUCACUAUUCUGCAGGCCAGCUUCAAGAUUCUCAAACAAAAUGGGAAAUUUAUGACACAUGGCAAUGGCGCCACGUCCCCUGAGUCCCUAGAAUUGUACGAACAGGAACUGACCAAGCUGAAACCACCGGUCAAAUUUUCCAAAAGUCGGGCUUUCGUGCCCUCUUUCCUCGAGGACUGGAUCUUCUAUCAGAUAUCCUUCAAAACCACCGACAACGGGGACGCCUAACACUCUACCAAAGAUUAUAGUUCCUUUUUCAUCACUCUACUAAGUCAAUACGCCAUAUUUUACCUAGCUAUUAAGUCUACGGCUAACCUUAAGUAUUACACAGUUUAUGUAAGCUGUAUAUUUGGAACAGUUUAUAGAGGCUAUACAAUUAUAACAGUUUAUGUAAGAUGUGUAAUUGUAACAUAUUACGUAAGCUGUAUAAUUGUAACAUUUUACGUAAGCUGUGUAAUUAUAACAUUUUGUAUAAGCUGUAUAAUUGUAACAGUUUACGUAAGCUGUAUAAUAAUGUUUUUAUUGACAAGGUGGCCUUGUAAUUCGAAUCUAUGGGUGCAUUGUACGCGAUACAAAUCGCGUGUAAAAAUAUAUUGUGAUUUUUACAUAAACCCAAUGUAUUGUAGGAUAACACGGUUGAAUUUAGACUGUAAGGAAAAAUGUAGUCACACUACAGAUGUAUUAUUUGAUCUAAUUCAAAGAUCGGACCUCAAAAUGUCGGUAUUAAUUUGUGCUU